AUCAUUUCCCUUUUGAUAAGAGAAUUCCCCGUUGUCCAACACUGGCAGUCAACUGUUGCCUUUUAUUUACAUUUAUGAAUUAAAAACAGAAUAACAAAGUGAAAGGAUGGCAGAAGCCGCCAACGUGCGUCAAAACCUGCAAAAUGUACCCUCGAUAUUCGAGGUUUCGGCUGCGGAAACUCUGGAUAAUCUGAUUUAUCCGGCGCUGAGCAAGAUCUUCGACUACUUCGGUUUGCGGCUGGACUUUAAACUUUGGGGAAGUCUACGGGUCCAAGAGGAGAUAUCUCCGCUGCUCACAUGGCUUCUGCAGUACCUGUACCUGAGGAAACGGGCCUCAUCCUUUGGGGAGAGCUUCUACGGACUGCAGCGCACAGCAACAGAAACGGGGGAGUUGCUCACUCGACGACAGCAGUUUCUGUCCGCCACUAUCCUGACGCUCCUUCCGUAUUUGGAACGCAAGCUGAGGACUAGGAGUGCGCGGCACGAGGACACAAACAAAUGGGAGGGCCGUCUCCUUAGUGCCUUUCACGCUUUUCACGCCGCCAAGGCGAUGCACACAUUCCUUUACCUUAUUAAGUACGCCUCCAGCCACUCGCCCAUUUUUCGAGCCCUUCGUCUCACGCUCCGAUACCCGAGCGAGCCACCACGAGACGACCAGUGGACGUACCUCGUGCUCAAGAUGCUCGAGGUCCUGGCCUUCUUCCUGCAGUUCAUCCAGUGGUGGUACUCCAACGACCAGAGGCGGAAGGUCGGCGGAUCCCUCAUUAAUCCAGAAGCCAUGCCGAAGAAGGAACUGCCCGACGAGGUCCAGCAGACGAUGCCCAAGCGCGGCGAGUGUCCCGUCUGCCUUCUGCCCAUGCAAACGCCCACUGCCUGCUCCGUUUCGGGCUAUGUUUUCUGCUGGAAGUGCAUCGUAAGCCACAUGAAGGAGCACGGCAGCUGCCCAGUUACCCACUACCCCAUCACCCUGGAGGAUCUAGUCCGGAUUUAUGAGACAUAGUUUUAAGUAAAAUUGUUUUAAGUUCUUGUUUUUUCAUUUGGUAUUUUUCAAAUAAAUGUGAUACAA